CAUGUUUUUAUUGUUAUAAUGUUGUCAAGACUUGCUGGGUUUGUGUAGGGUGGGACAGUUUAUAAUUUUUGAAAAAUUCUAAUGUGUACCACGUGAAAAAAAUAAGAAAUUUUUGAAAAUGGAGUUAUCCAACGUUAACCCGAAAUUUCUGGAAGAAGUAAAAUAUUUUUCAACAGGCACCUUAAGUGAAACGGUUCAAUCGUUGCUAAACAAUGGAGGUUCAAAGUCAUUCAAAUAUGCAAGUGAUAUGAUUACCCAUUGUAUAGUUGGAGAAAAUGCUGACAACAGUGCGAUUGAAGAAGUUAGAGACAUUUUUGAGAAACCAGUGGUUCUAUCAAAUUGGGUUCCAUUAUCAAUCCAUACAUCAAAACUUUUACCGGUUCUCCCUUUUGAUCCAAAAAUCCCUGGCAUUUUCAAAGGAGUGAUUGCCUCAGUGUCUCAAGUAUCAACUGUUGAUGUAAAAAAGCUAUGGGUCUUAUUAGAAAUUCAUGGUGGGAAAUUAAAACCUUCAUUGGAUUCAACUUGUACACAUCUAAUUUCUACAAAAGCAUUUGGUACAAAGUUCAAUGAAGCCAUAAAACAUGAAUCAAUAACAAUUGUUACACCUGACUGGGUCAUACAAUGCAUCUUGGAGAAGUCCUUAGUUGGUAAAGAAGGCUACCAUCCAUCCCUAUUAGUAGAUCCAAAAGAAAAGUCUCCACUCCGCCCACCAGUUGAAACUAUGAGGCUCACGAAAUUGUCCUUGGAAAAGAAAGAAGAAGUGAAGCCCCGUGUAGAAGAAACGAAGCCAAUUGAAGUAAAAACCGUAGAGUCAAAGAGUCUCUCUGACACACCAACAUUAGCGCAGCAGCUGAUACAACCCGAAGUGAUUAGCCAUACUACAACGACCAUGACUGCACCCCCAUCAACAAAGAACAUGCGAGUUGCUUCCAAUCUUCCACCCCAUUUAGAGCAGCAACUUCAGCAACAUUCAAUGAUGAGGAACACGGCCCCGAGACAGCAACAGCAAGGAAUGGGUGCCCAUUCGGGCGUCCGGAUGGUGCGUUCGGGAAGUGGAACGACAUGGAGAGGAGCUAGCCAGCAACAGCAAGCAGUCCUCCAGCGAUCUGCUUCGAAUCCUACAUCAGGAGUGGAUCCAAGGUCUCAGCAGCAGACAAUCCAAGGAGCACGAAUGGCAUCGGCUGUGCAUCAAAUACGAGGACAAGCAAACCAAGUGGCUCAGCCUGGCGUAGGUAGCCAUUCACAACCUGGACAUCAUCAAACCGCACAACAACAGCUACCUGGUAUGGUAAGGCAAGUAAGGCUCGUCAACCCGAAUGCUCAACCACUACAGCAGCCUAUGCAGUCACUUAACCCGGAGCAGCUUCGGCCAGCAGAACAUACUUCACAACAGCGUGGCCAAGCGACAAAUCCAAGCUCUUAUCAGCAACCACAUCAACGUCUUCCCAUACCUCAGUCACCACAAUUGGUUAAAAUGGUAAUAGCUCAGCCCCAAGUUGAUGGGAAACUUCCAAAUCAUCCCCAGCAAUCACCUGUGGCAUCACCUCUUAUCAAUCAGCAACAGCCGCAGUUUUCGAACAUUUAUUCUCAAAAUGGACAGCAGGCACAACAAACGGGUCAACAACCUGUUUCCGAUCAGCUGAUUCCCCAACAGCAUAAUUUCCAGCAGGUCACGGAAGAUAAUUCAAACGUUGUCACAAAUAACGCCAAUCCUCACUUGAGACAGCAGCAGCAACAACAGACAGCCGAUUUUUCUCCGAGUCAAGUCCACAAUAAUACCUUUGCUCAGCAGCAUCAAAGAGGAAAUCCCCGAAUGCCAGUUGCCGUCAAUAUUCAAGGAGUCCAAGUGUCACAGCAACAACAGACCAUUGUCCGGACGCAAGGAAUCCAACGGCAGCAACUGGCCGCUCCUCAACAACCGGAUUAUAGCACACAAAUGAUAGCUACAGGUGUAGGCACUGUAACUGCUGGAGGUGGGAGCCAAACGCAAGGAAUGGUUAACAACCAACAAAUGGGAGUUAUAACCGGCAAUCAGCAACAACAACAUCUAGUUCACAGCUCGGGCGUUAGACCAAAUGUGAGGCCUACCUUAGCUGGCCAGGUAGUAGUUGCAGGCCGCCCGCCACCGAAUGCAGCUGCCUCCCCUAUGGUACAGCAACAACAACAACCUCACCCUCAGCAAGUUCGGCCACUGACGGCCUAUCAGCAGCAAAUGCUUCAAAUGCACAUUCAAAAUAUGAAUCCCCAAGCUCGGCAGCAGUUGCAACAGUUGACUCCUCAAAUGAGGUAUGCAGUCCUCCAAAGAAUUUUGCAGCAGCAAGAGCAGCAGCAGAAUAUGAAUCAUUCGCAAGCACAGCUGCCAAACCCGAUUCCGCAUAUGCAAGGUCAACAGCCAAAUCAAGCUUCGCAAUUGCAAAGUCAACAACCAAAUCAAACGAUACAAAUGCAAGGCCAACCAGCCGGACAAAUAACUUCCAAUCAGGGACAGCGAAUAAUGUUACCCCAGCAGCAGCAAGGCAAUUGGCAAACGGAACAACAGCAAAACCAACUUGUAUCUCCACAGCAAAACGUCCGACCUUAUGGCCCGACUCAAGGCAUAGUUAACCAAUCAAAUCAGGGACAAGGAGGUAAACCAACACAGGUUAUUGGCGUGAAUCAACAGCCACUUGACCAACAGUCAGUAUCUCCCCAGAUACACCAGUUGCAGCCACCAUUAAAUCAAGUUCAACAGCAGAACCCUUUAAGCUCUGUUCCUAUUCAACAGCCAAAUGCAAUACAGCUUAACCAAUUGCAGCAGCAACAACUGCAACAACAACUUCAGCAACAACAACUUCAGCAACAACAACUGCAGCAACAGCAACUUCAACAGCAACAACUUCAGCAACAGCAACAGGUUCAACAACAGCAAAAUCAACAACAAAACCAAGAGCAACCAAGCAAUUCCGUCAAUCCAAAAACUAAAACAGCCUUAGCUAACCUUCUUAGCACUAGGCUUCAAACAGCACCUGGCACACCUCAGCAACCCGGAACACCUCAGCUUUCUGUAAAUCCACAGCAGGUUCCACAUCAAGCAAUUGCUGCUCAACAGCCCAUUAUACUACAGCAAGCUGUAGCAUCCCAGCAAAAUCCCGCGCUUUCUCAAGCGGUUAUGAACCAACAGCAGCAACAGCAUCUUUUGCAACAGCGAAGAAGCCUUCAAAACAUUACCAAUGGCGUUAAUGGAACUACGAAUACCCAAUUGGCUGCUGGUGUUUCUAUGGUUCAAGCAACUAAUCAGCCCCAACAACAGCUACAGCCCAAGUCCAGCAUGGGAGCUGUUCCAUUUACGGGUGUUCGAAUGCCUGGACCGGGAACAGGUGCUGUGAUUCCUGGACAACCAGUUAUUCGCCGAGAGUUUCCUGUUCAGCAGCAACAACAACAGCAACUUCACAGUCACGAGCCCGGCGUCAAAUUGCCCGAACAUCUCUGUUUACUUGGAUGCAUUGUACUGAUUGUCGAUUACCAGCGAAGUGUCCCAUCUGCUGAACUGUUACAGUGGACGAAACUGAUGUCAUCUAGAGGAGCCGAAAUCGAAACCAUGUACAGCCCUCGCAUUACCCAUCUGCUUUGUGAGACAAGUCGUUCAGCCGUGGCUCAACAAGCCCUUCGUGAUGGAAAGCGGUUGGUGACAGCUUUUUGGCUCAAUGAUGUGAUUCUCAAGCAACACAUGUUUCCACCUUCACAAGUAUUGCACUUUCCAACACCUUUCGGAGACGCAGAGCGCCCUUGUCGCAAUAUGCUUGCAAGCUUGUCAGGAUUCGAAGGUGAUGAUCGGCUACGCGUUCGAUUCAUGUGCGAAGCGUUGGGUCUGAAGUAUACUGGCCACUUUUGCAGCCAACACGACGUCCUGAUUUGUCGUAAAGCGGAAGGCCCCAAAUUUCAAAAGGCUCGUGAAUGGCGUAAACCAGUGGUGACAACAACUUGGUUAGCCCAAGUCUAUUUUGGAUUCCUUAAUGCCAUCCACCAAAUUCAUCAUCCGAAAUACCAGCAGUUUAAUUUACCUGCUUACCAACAGGAUCCCUUGAAGUUUGAAUUACAUAUGGCAGGCAAUUUUCUAGCAGCCUGGCGUAUUCCUGUGAAAAUAACUCCCGAGUCGCUUGACAAGUUUAACAAGUUGCCAGCACAGCUCCGUCUUAAACGACAUUCCACCACGCAUUCGGUUGCUAGCAAUGACGGUGAUAGUCCGUCGAGAAAGAAAUUGAAGAUCGAAGAAGAAGACAAAGACAAACAUGAGCGAAGUAGCAGUAAUGUCGAUGCAAUUUUAGAAGAUGUAAUCAAAGGAGGAUUUGAAGAUAAGGGAAAAAAUAGAGUCAUAAUAAGAUUCUCUGGAUUUGACUCAUCGGAACUAUCAAAAGCAGCCUUGAAGCUUGGGGCGGGCGUGGCCCAUAAUAACCGAGAAGCGACCCAUUUAGUCAUGCCCACAUUCAUGCGAACUCCUAAGCUACUAUGCUGUCUUCCAACUGUUAAAUUUAUAUUGUCGCCUCGUUGGAUUCAGGAGAGUGCCCAGCAAGGUAAGCUGUUGGAUGAACAACCGUACUUGCUCAAAGAUACAGAGCUGGAACGCAAAAUGGACAUUGAUCUACCGAAGCUACUCUCGCUACCUCAGCGAGAUCAGCUCUUCAAAGGCAAAAUGUUUUACAUUACACCCAGCGUUGUGCCAAGUCGUUCGGUUUUGCGCGAUGUCAUUGAAAACAGCGGUGGUAAAGUGGUAGCCCAGCCCAAGUCCAUGAAAGUGAUUUCAGAGCUUAUGAAUAAGGAUGAAAACUCAUACAUCGUCAUUUCCUGUACAACCGACUUUCACCUUCUCAACGAUGUCAUGAAGAGUAAAAUUGGAAUCUAUAGCAGUGAAUUUAUCCUAAGCGCGGUACUUAAACAGGCAAUAAUUGGUGCACCGUAUCGGAUUGAGCCUUGAAAGAAAUUCAAUUCGACAUAGAUAGCUUAUGUCCCUGGACCCCUGCAAUAUAUGUCUUUGGUUCGGUGUAUACUGACAUUGGAAAAAAAAGUACAUACAAAAAUACCACCAUUUGUUUUAUGGUGGUGCAGUGGUGACCUGUUCAAGUUAGCAAAAUUGCAAUAUAAUACUUUGUAUAACGA